CGGCCGGGAAUUCGCUGGCCGGCUGUCCCCGCUUCUGGACGCUCGGCCGGCGCGCGCUUGGUGCGCUGUCAACGUCCCCGGGAUGGCAAGCAUCGAUCGGAGCGUGCGCUUCUUGCUGCCCUACCUGGUGCGCAGCUCGGUGCGGCAGACGAUGCCUUGGGGGCUGCUGGGCCUCACGCUGGGUGGAUCCCUCGUCAAGGAGUUCGCGCCGCUUCCUGACUCUUACUUGAAUAACAAGCGCAACCUGCUGAACAUUUGUUUUGUGAAAUUUGCUUGGGCCUGGACGUUUAUUCUACUACUGCCUUUCAUCAGCAUCACCAACUACCUUGUCACCCGGAAUAUUCUAGUGGUGUUUCAACGCCUCACUACUCUGAUGGUUGGAACUGCUGUUUGGUAUGCAUGUACAUGUGUGUUUCUGUACAUUGAGGACCUCACAGGCACCUGCUACAAAUCACCAGCCUUGGAUAUACAGCUGCUGGAACAUCUCAACAAGCUACAGUGCCAAAAAGCUGGACACUUCUGGCAUGGCUUUGACAUCUCAGGGCAUUCCUUCCUCCUUUCGUACUGUGCUCUAAUGAUUGUGGAGGAGAUGGCUGUGAUGCACAGUGUAACAACCUCUCAGGGAUCCAGACUGCACAGAGCAGUCAGCAUUUUAUUUCUCGCACUGAGUUGCUUGACCCUGAUCUGGCUGUUGAUGUUUCUUACCACUGCCAUAUAUUUCCAUGACUUCUUCCAAAAAUUCUUUGGCACUUUGGUGGGCCUGUUUGCUUGGUAUGGAACAUACAGGUUCUGGUACCUGAAGCCUGUUUCUCCUGGACUUCCUCCCCAAAGAACUAGUUUCCAAAAGUCUAAUCAUAGCUUAUAAAAAGAAUAUAUGGAUCAGAAUAUUCCUUAUUCGAUAAAUUAGGAAUAUUAUUUAUUGGGUAAUUAAUUUUAAGAACACUAAAUAUUUACAAGCAUAUUUAAAGUGAAGGGCAAAGGAACUUUUUCUUGGAGAGUGGCAUUCUGACCAGAGUUUAUCAAGCUCCAUAUCAGAGGGUGCUGCUGCUAGAAUCAUACUAAUUCCAAGGUGAGGGGUUUCCAUUUUGGCUAACUGAAUGAAAAUUCUGAUGACUGCAUGAGCAGUCAAAUCUAAAUUCUAGUAACUUGAGUGGAAAAUCCUUAAUGUCAGCUCCAGUCUCAUUCUCUAUAAAAUAAGCUAAUUUCAUACAAACACCCCCCCCCCAAAUGGGGAAAAGGGUACUUGGUACAAAAAUGUAGUGUCCUAAAAGAGGGAGAACCAUUGUUGGUUUAGGUAGAUGCACUCAUCAAGAGAAUUCUCUAGCAAACCAUUCAGGUAAUGCAUCAACAUUUUAUAUCAUGUUAUCUCUCUGCUUCACUAAAAUGUCAGGGAUGGAGCUUGGUGUACAUUGAAGUUUCCUGUUAGGUAAUUACCUGAGCUAAUAUGUUUGGGUAAAGGAGGGCUACCUGGUAAAUUGAUAGUAGUGCCAGGUGUGGAUUAACAGCAGAGAAAUGUGGACAUGAAACACUCUUCAUUUGUGGAUAAACUGCAUUUUAGCUUAUUAGAUAUUUUCAGUCUCCAUAGUUCUUACCAAUUGACGCAUCAUAGUCUUGCAAAAUGUUUUUCCAAAGCAUUUUCAUCCAACUCUGUGCUAGAAUUUUAUUUCUGCAUAUGAUUAGAAUCAUUGAUAUAUUUUGCCAUUUCUUAUCUGUGUGAAUAACACCCCCUGAUAAUUGUGACAUACUUGAUACUGACAAGCAGAGACUUGUGUUGGUUACAUAACUGCAGUGUUUGUUGCCUUCAUCUUUUAAUUAAAUACCAUAGCUGGCUUCAGCAGAAAGACCCUUGCUUCUUUAUAAAUUGAUCCCUGAACACAGCAUUCAGCUCUGGAAACAAUCCAAUUAAAUUUGACUGAGUGAAGAGUAGGGUGCUUGUCUUUCCCUCCACCAUGACACUAACUUGAACACAUGUAAUUUUAAUGUAAUUUUAUUAUGCAGUCUGCUCUGCACUGUGACUUGGCUGGCUGCAGCAAACAAGAAAGAUUUUUUUAAAAAAAAAUCUAAUAUGUUUUCAAGAUUUUUACUUGAAUGAUGGUGCUGCUUUGUCCGUUGUAUACAGAGGCCUAGCCUACCACACAUGCUAAAAUGUGCUGCGGUUAAACCACAAAGCUUGCAGGCACUAAGCUCUCUGUUCCAGAGUAGUCAUGAAAUUGUUAACCCAGCUUCAGAGAUAUGGGGAUGUGGGAUUGGUCAAAGACUGCCACAUUUGACCCCAGACUGAUGGGAAUAUUUCAACACAUAGUUGGAAUAUUUCAAGUUAAGUCUGUAACCCACAAACCACUUGAGAUAGGUUAUGUAUUUAAUUCUACAAGCAGUUGAGUCCUAAAUGUAUUUGCUUAUACAAAAGUGCCUUCAGAUUUCAUAGCACUCCAACCUAGUUUACAUGGAAGUUACUUACAAAGUGUUUCACUGAUAUGUGUGUGGCACAUUCAUUUAUCUAAUGGAUUUUUUGUGGCCCAAAUCCCUUCAGCAGUUCCCCUAGUCGAACCUCCCAAGUUGCUUUCUAAAUUUCCUGCAACUUAAAAUGUGACUUCCAGGAAAGAAUAUAUAAAUUGUAGUUCUACAUUACAGGUACAUAAAGCACUGGCAGAGUCCAGCCUCAGUAUUUAGGAUUAUGCUUCUUUGUCUGUCUGACUUCUGUGGGAUUAAGAUAUCUUGUGUAAAUAUGCCAAAUAUUAAUCAUUUCUAUAUCAUAGACAAGGAGUGGUUCACACAGUGCUAUAUUCCCUCUAUGAACCAUUCUUAGCCCUGCAUUUAAACUAGGAACAAAGAGCAGCUAGACCACUGACUGUCCAUCUGCCAGCAGCUGGAGGAAAGAGAUGACAUGAAAAAGGGUGGGGAGAACUACAAGGCCAAAUGAGAAUUUCAGAUUUGCAGGAUUGGCCAUCCCAUUCCAAUAAUACAUGUCAGUAGAGAUGGAAGUAGCCUCACCUUGACUUCCCUAAGUUUAUUUAGGGAUCCUUCUAGAAUAAAAAUCAGGGUAGGAAUCAAAUAUGAAUAAACUGAGCUAUAUUUGUACGUGGGGACAAUUUAUGUGACUAGCAGUACAGAGAUCUCUGAGGCUGUAACCCUUGGGCAGCCUAGGUCACUGAAUCUGUGCGAAUUAGUCCCUGAAGUUGCCUCUGCAGCUUGCAGGUAGUAAAAAGAGAAUGAUACCUGUGUCCAAGUAUUGUAUCUUUCAUUUGGCUGGCAUCUUGCACAAUGGUACUUGGUAUAAGUUCUCAUUUAUUUUUGCUUUAUAUUAAUUUUUAAUAUUGUGCCUUGGAUUUUUUUCAAAAAAACCAUGUAGUGACAUCCCUUAUUAUUUAUGUGCAUGUAUUUUAUGAUUGCAUAUAUCGUGUUGUCUACAUAUUCAGUAUUGUAAAACCUGUGGUUAGGAUUACUUCUAUAUGAUGUAUCAGAGCUGAUUGUGAACAAAACACUUUCAUGGUACAUAAAAAGAUUUUUUUUUCUUGUCCUUCAUGUGAUACCAUUAUUUGGUAUUGACUUCAUGUCAGUUGCUUUGUCUUGUUAUCCAUGAUCGAAUAAAUCAACUUCCUCUUCAAUAGGUAUGAAUUCAAGCAUCUAAUAGUCUUGUGCAUUUUUACAAUAUUUGCUGAACUGCUUGUUUCCUGAUCUUAAACAUACAUUUUUAAAAAUUGUAUCCAUUUAUCACAGUAGAAUUUCCUACCAAUUAAAGGAUCAGAUGCAUUUACA